AUGUCACUUGAAAACCAAAAAAAAGGUGUGAUAAGUCAAGAAAACUCUGUUGUUUUACUAAAAGAGCACAGUCAUGCAAAAAAUUUCAAUUUAGCCCCAAUUUUUAAUUUUAAAAACGAACUUUACAAAUCUGUAAUAUCAACUUUUCGCGAUUUAAGAGAUAUUUACGACGAAUUAGCUGUUAAACACAGAAAAGGCUCUUCUCUUUUACCAUUUCAUAAAAUGGUAAGAAUUAUGCAGCAAUGGCAAAAAAAGAUUUGUCCGCCAACUUCAAAUUCCCUUGGAGAAUACUACUUACGACUAAAAAUGAAUCGCUGGAAACAUUUAUACCAAUCAAAUGAUAGUAAUUUAUCAGUUACAAACGUUUACGGGAGUGACGGAUCCAUUGCUACUGUUUUUAUUGAUCCUGACUUCGUUGACAAUAUUCACGAAACUCAUUUAUACGUAGAUGCUACUUAUAAAGUUUGUCCGACUAAUCCUAAAGGAAUUUACCAGUUUCUUACAAUUAUGGCAUCAUUUAAUGACUCGAUUUUGCCUGUUGCCUGGAGUUUGAUGUCAAAAAAAUCUACCCAGUGUUAUGUAGCUGUUAUUUCACAUUUCAAAGCCUUAUCUCAGCAUAUGAGGGUACUAUCAUAUAUGACAGAUUUUGAGGGCGGUCUUCGCAAAGCAUUAAUUAAUGCCAAUAUUAAAAAAGCCAAAAAAUUGGGUCUUCUAAAAAAAUUAGAAAAUUGGGAGGAUGGAAAAAACUUUUUCAGAAAAUUAUUAGCGCUAGCAUUACUGCCCAGUACUGACAUAAUACAAACAUUUGAUUGGUUGAUUAGGAUUCACGCUCCUUUCUAUCCUAUUUUUGAGACUUUUAUUACAUACUUUGAAGACUACUGGUUGAACAACAUCAAACCUGCUGGAUUCAGUGUUUAUAAAUUGAAAAAUCGGACGAAUAAUUACACAGAAGCUUACCAUCGGCGACUCAACAGAUUUUUUGGUGUUCAUUCAUCGAUAUGGCAAUUCACAAUUGCAGUUCCGGAUAAUCAAUAUAUUGUUUUUAAUAAUGAUGCUGCAAAUUAUUUCAAUUAUAUAUUACAUCAGCAUUGA